GCACGCUGGGUAAGAGGAAGACCUCCAGAAGCGGCCCGCGCAAGGCGGCUGUGUUUGCGGCCUGUGGUAAUAGGCGCUUUGGAACCCGUCUUCUGAGCGGGCGGCGAACAGAAACCUCGAGCUAAUAUAACUUGUUGUGACCUGGAGCCUAGAAGGCGACGAAGACAGUACGGUUUUCUUAGUGGCGGGAGUCUAUCCUGAACUUAGAUCUACAUUUUGGGAGCUUAUUUUAGAAAAGAUCUAAGUUUUAAAAAUUCUGAAUGGACAGACAGAGAAAAGAGGGUCUUUGCCAACUCCUUUGGACUGCUGCAGUAAGAAUGUCUUUCCCCCCUCAUUUGAAUCGCCCUCCUAUGGGAAUCCCAGCACUCCCACCCGGGAUUCCACCCCCACAGUUCCCAGGCUUUCCUCCACCAGUGCCUCCAGGGACUCCAAUGAUCCCUGUACCAAUGAGCAUUAUGGCUCCUGCUCCAACUGUCCUAGUGCCCACUGUGUCCAUGGUUGGAAAGCAUUUGGGAGCAAGAAAGGAUCAUCCAGGCCUAAAGGCUAAAGAAAAUGAUGAAAAUUGUGGCCCUACUACUACAGUUUUUGUUGGGAACAUUUCCGAGAAAGCCUCAGACAUGCUCAUACGACAGCUGUUAGCUAAAUGUGGUUUGGUUUUGAGCUGGAAGAGAGUACAAGGUGCUUCUGGAAAACUUCAAGCUUUUGGAUUCUGUGAGUAUAAGGAGCCUGAGUCUACCCUCCGUGCACUCAGAUUAUUACAUGACCUUCAGAUUGGAGAGAAGAAGCUACUUGUGAAAGUUGAUGCCAAAACAAAGGCACAGCUGGAUGAAUGGAAAGCAAAGAAGAAAGCUUCUAAUGGGAAUGCCAGGCCCGAAACUGUCACUAAUGAUGAUGAAGAAGCUUUGGAUGAAGAGACAAAAAGAAGAGAUCAGAUGAUUAAAGGGGCCAUUGAAGUUUUAAUACGAGAAUACUCCAGUGAACUAAAUGCCCCCUCACAGGAGUCUGACUCUCAUCCCAGGAAGAAGAAAAAGGAAAAGAAGGAGGACAUUUUCCGCAGAUUUCCAGUUGCCCCACUGAUCCCUUAUCCACUCAUCGCUAAGGUUCGUUUAAACGAGGACAUAAAUGCUAUAGAAAUGGAAGAGGACAAGAGAGACCUCAUAUCACGAGAGAUCAGCAAAUUCAGAGACACGCACAAGAAACUGGAAGAAGAGAAAGGCAAAAAGGAAAAAGAAAGACAGGAAAUUGAGAAAGAACGGAGAGAAAGAGAGAGGGAGCGUGAAAGGGAACGAGAAAGGCGAGAACGGGAACGAGAAAGGGAAAGAGAACGUGAACGAGAAAAGGAAAAAGAACGGGAGCGGGAACGAGAACGGGAUAGGGAUCGUGACCGGACAAAGGAGAGAGAUCGGGACCGAGAUCGAGAAAGAGAUCGGGACCGGGAUCGAGAAAGGAGCUCGGAUCGAAAUAAGGAUCGGAGUCGAUCAAGAGAAAAGAGCAGAGACCGUGAAAGGGAACGGGAGCGGGAGCGAGAGAGAGAACGAGAAAGGGAACGUGAGAGAGAACGUGAGCGUGAGAGAGAGCGCGAGAGGGAACGGGAGCGUGAAAGAGAAAAAGACAAGAAACGAGACAGAGAAGAAGAUGAAGAAGAUGCAUAUGAACGAAGAAAACUUGAAAGAAAACUCCGAGAGAAAGAAGCUGCUUAUCAAGAGAGACUGAAGAAUUGGGAAAUCAGAGAAAGAAAAAAAACUCGGGAAUAUGAGAAAGAGGCUGAAAGAGAAGAAGAAAGAAGAAGAGAAAUGGCUAAAGAGGCUAAACGACUAAAAGAAUUCUUAGAAGACUAUGAUGAUGAUAGAGAUGAUCCCAAAUACUACAGGGGGAGUGCUCUCCAAAAAAGGUUGCGUGAUAGAGAAAAGGAAAUGGAAGCAGAUGAACGAGAUAGAAAGAGAGAAAAGGAAGAGCUUGAGGAAAUCAGGCAACGCCUUCUGGCAGAAGGGCACCCGGAUCCCGAUGCAGAGCUCCAGAGGAUGGAACAAGAGGCUGAGAGGCGCAGACAACCACAAAUAAAGCAAGAGCCAGAAUCAGAGGAAGAAGAAGAAGAAAAACAAGAAAAGGAAGAAAAACGAGAAGAACCGAUGGAAGAAGAAGAAGAACCUGAGCAAAAGCCUUGUCUGAAACCCACUCUGAGGCCCAUCAGCUCUGCUCCAUCUGUUUCUUCUGCCAGUGGCAAUGCAACCCCCAAUACUCCUGGGGACGAGUCUCCCUGUGGUAUUAUUAUUCCUCAUGAAAACUCACCAGAUCAACAGCAGCCUGAGGAACAUAGGCCAAAAAUAGGAUUAAGUCUUAAACUGGGUGCUUCUAAUAGUCCCGGUCAGCCUAAUUCUGUGAAAAGGAAGAAGCUACCUGUAGAUAGUGUAUUUAACAAAUUUGAGGAUGAAGAUAGUGACGAUGUGCCACGAAAAAGGAAAUUGGUUCCAUUGGAUUAUGGUGAAGAUGAUAAAAAUGCUGCCAAAGGCACUGUGAACACUGAAGAAAAGCGCAAACAUAUUAAGAGUCUUAUUGAGAAAAUCCCAACAGCUAAACCUGAGCUCUUUGCUUAUCCUCUGGAUUGGUCUAUUGUGGAUUCUAUACUGAUGGAACGACGAAUUAGACCAUGGAUUAAUAAGAAAAUCAUAGAAUACAUAGGCGAAGAAGAAGCAACAUUAGUUGAUUUUGUUUGUUCAAAGGUUAUGGCACAUAGUUCACCUCAGAGCAUUUUAGAUGAUGUUGCCAUGGUACUUGAUGAAGAAGCAGAAGUUUUUAUAGUAAAAAUGUGGAGAUUAUUGAUAUAUGAAACAGAAGCCAAGAAAAUUGGUCUUGUGAAGUAAAACUCUUUUUAUGCUUAGGGUUCCAUUUCAAAUACCUUGUUUCUCAUCCUUUAAAGGACUUUGAAUUUUUCUUUGUCGUCAAAGACAUUUGUGAGAUCUGUAAUUUUUUAAAUGUAGAAAAUGUGAAUUUUUUUUUUUUUUUUGGUCCUCUUAAUUUGUCAGUGACCUAUGUACUUCCUUGGUUGUAAAGUCAUCUGAAUCUUGGGUUGUCUUUAUACUUGCCAGGUACAAAUUACUGGUAUGUUUUAUAAGCUGCAGCUACUGUACACAGCCUAUCUGACAUAAUCUUGUUCUGCUGAUUUGUUUCUUGUAAAUAUUAAAAUGACUCCCCAAUUCUUUUGCAGAAUUUCAGUUAAUAUUGAGUUGUACUGUACAGGAAACAACAUGAAUGAUUUUAGUUGGAAGAAUACCAUUCAUAUCUCCUACCACCUCUUCCCCCUUGAAUCAGAAAUGGCAAGCCUUCUUGAGGCAUGGAAGUGAAAAUUAGAAUGCAAAAAUUAGCAGACAAUCUGUUCUGAUAGUAUGUAUCUGUAUGAAUGUGUUUGUGUGGAUGUAUGUAUAAAAAUAUUCUCCGAUUUACUUAUGAAAGCAUAAAAGUACACUGAUGUUUGAAUCCAGAUGUCUGGACUAAUUAGGUUAUUAUCUGCCAAACAAGGGCUGUCUUGUUGACAGCUGGCUGUUUCAGCUUCCAUUGUAAUGGAGAGUAGAUCAUUAUGACCUUCCCCUCCACAUUGCUCUGUUUUCAUUGCUCAGAAAUAAGGCAGAUUGUAAAAUUUUGGAAAGUUUAGUUGUGCGCUAACUUGUCCUUAGUUUAAAGAAAAAAUCUUCAAACUAAGAACAUUUGAAAACAGUUGUGACUAGAAAUAUAGCUUAGUGGUACAGCUCAUGCUUUGCAUCCUGGAGGCUUCCUACGUUCAAUUGCCAGCACCAAAAAUUUAAAAAUAAAGACAAAAGAUAAAAUUAGGCAAGUUAACAGUCUAGGACAGUUUGACAAAGCACAGUAAGAAUUCAGUGUGGCAAUUUACAAAGUUUACAUCUUAUUUCCAAACAUAAAUCAUUCAAGGAAGUUAUACCAGACCAACCAUAAAUUUUUACCUGUUCUCAUCAAAGUUUAUAUUAAAAUGUUUAGAUAUAUACCUGUGGAUUUUUAAAAUUGUGGAUCAGAAUGUCAGCCAGACAUAAAAUUUGCCUGCAAAUGUAACAAGUUUUAAACAGUUCUUAACACAGAUAAGGUGCAGGUAUUUCUGUGUCUGUUUCAAAAGAAGUUUGGUCUGUUAGAAAAGCGUAAUUGUGAAUUUGAGUUAACUAGAUUUUUUACUUCUUAAGAGGACAUUUGAAAACACUGUUCUUAACACUGAACCAUGGUAUGGUUCCAUUAUGUAAAUAUUUCACAUAUUAAAAGUGUAUAUAUUUGAUCUUGGAAAACUCAAAAUUCUUUCAGUCUUGUAAAUAAAUGGCAUCACAUUGUAAUUCUUUAGUGCUUACUAGAAAAUAGCUUGAAAAUACGGGCUUAAUAUUUUAGUGGACUUGAUUUUUAUGACAGUGUCAGAAGAUCAAAGAGGCCACUUAUUUAUCUUGUAUUGGAUGAAUCUACUGUACAUCUAUGAAAAUAACUAUGUAAUGUUAAAAUAUUCCAGAUUUUGAUAUCUCAAGGGAAUAUUUGAGAAAGAUGUCCUUUGCCAUUUGCACAUUUGCUUACUAUGCUUAGAUUCAUCCCCACUCAGCCUGAGACUUUUUUUGAAGCAGUUUAUUUUGCCUUCCUAUCUUAGCUUUCUGUGUAGUUGUUGCUUCUGAGUUACCAUUUUAGGUUCUUUUUGUUUAGUCAAUAUUAGCGUGAAGGUUUGAACAUACAGAUUUAGUUUAUCUUACUGGUGUCUUCUCUGGGUCUUUCAUUAAUGCUUAUCUUAAAGUGCCUCUCUGAAAAUUAGAGAUGUCACUUACCUGAAGUCCUUAGGAGUAGAUACCUUUUAUACUGGAGAACACCUCCAGUGAGGUUUAUGGGAGCAAUACAAAAUUCAUAAUCAAUGUACUUUACCCAAGUAAGAAUGGCCAUGGUAAGUGAAUUAAAAACCACUAAGUUAAUAGCCAAAUGGUAGUUCAAAUCAAAUUUUACCAUCACACUUCAUAUAAAACCUUUAGUUUAUCUUUCACAAUUACAUAUAAAGAAUUGGACAUGUGUAAAGCGAUACAUUCUAAUGUCUAUGAAAAUAGGCCUAAAAUAUUUCUAAUUUCUGGAACUGUCUUCACUAUAAGUGUAUAAUUAAUUUUAGCUUGGAAACCUUACAUUAAUCCAUACUGUCCAUUGAAGUUGUAAUAAAAGUACAUGAAAGUC